CUCAGAAGUUACUUCGAUUCGAACUCUGGAUCACCCGAGUCCGAGUCUGAGCAAAUUGUUGGCUUCAGCCAGACGUAUAUUGGUGGAAAGGUAAUUCGAUAUCAUCACCCGUCUCCGCCACAUUUUAAUCGCUUGUAGCAAUAAUAUUUUACAGCUGCGGCCGCCAAUACUGUAACAAUGGCAUCUAAAAUAUUUCUUCGAGGUGUCUUGCCUGUUGCAAUCUUCAUCCCAAUGAGUUUUAUUGCAUUGCAAAUUGUAUUUGGCCGUCACAUGUACCAAAGCGGUACAGGACUGCAACUUCUCGACCACUGCAACGUUCCAAUCGGAACGGAAGGAUACCCUUUGCGCCUGGCAUACACCGGCUACCCCGACCUCGAUGAUCGCAUGUGCGCACUUGUGGCGCUCUUUCAUGCCCUACUAGACCCUGCAUACCGACCUCUCGUAGCAGAGCUCAUGACUGCCCUCGCUGCAGUAACAAUGAUACCCUUCGUCGAGGCUGCACGUGAAGAGCGCUCCAUCUUUCUUCGCAUGCCUGCUGCCGUUGGAGUGCUUUUCCAGCUUUUCAGUUUUGCAGUCAUCAUGCCAAUUUAUUAUGUCGCGCUUAUUCUGAGUGGAGCGGCGAUUGGUAGCCCCGUCAAAGGCCGCGCAACAAAAAUCGCUCAGGGCAGUGCCGAAGCUUUGCUUUUUGCUCUGAUAGUCGGCUAUAUUAUCCCGACAGUGUGCAUGGUUUUGUUUCGGGGUAUCACAUCCACUGCGUUAUGGCAAGGCUACCCCAUCAUCAUGGCGUUCGCGCAGUUUGUGUACCUCAUCAUUCGUCCUUCUUCCCGUCGCAUGCAAUCCGGCUACGCUACCAUCCAAGCCAUGUAUGGUCUCAUCUUCGUCACCUCUGCUAUCUUCCACAUCUACUACACGUGGCCACUCUUCUUUGACAUCCAACAAUUCCAGAAGGUCCUGGUGCCACACUUGGCACUGAGCAAACACCCUUUGUCCUUACCCGAAGGAGUCGCUGCUGUCAUCCAGUGGGAUGCAGUGUUUGGGAUAGGAUCCACCCUUUUUGUGACAUUCUGGUUCGCUCAAGGCGUGAAGGAAAUUGUGCUCCUCUUCCUUUGGCAUGCAUUGGUCUCGGUAGCAUUUGGCCCUGGAGCAGCUAUAGCUGGUGUCAUGUUGUUCAGAGAAGCGAGACUAAAUGGCCAAACUCCUGUGGAGGAUAAGGAGGAAUGACUUGACCAGGACAUGACUUGAUUAGAGUACUGAGGUUCAACGUUCAACCAUCGAUAUCAUCAUUAUGCACAAAAACCGACACAUCAUUUGAAUCA